UACUGUACAAGUGUAACAAAUCCGUCAUCACUGUUUUGUAUUUGUAGCAGAAGCUAUUUUUUCUGUGUUUAUUAUUAUUAUCACUGUUGACUGUUUAUGAUUUUAGAACAAAUCUGUAAACUUAUAUUUGUUGUACAUCUCAAGGUUAAAUUUGUUAAACAUUGUUUACAAUAAUUUCAUAAUUGGACAGGUUUGAAACUACUUAAUGCCUUCAAUAAUAAUGCGUUUUUAUAAUAAAACAGAGCAAACAGAUUCUACAAGCUAUGGAGUUUUGUGAUGUCAGUGUUCGAGUCCUUUAUGAUUUUGAAUACACAACUAAAUAUGGGCGGAAUAUUAAAAUUUCAGCUGGGGAGCGCUUACUACUUAUCAAAAAGACAAACAAUGAUUGGUGGCAAGUUAUACGAAGCUCAGAGCAAAGACCUUUCUUUGUCCCUGCAGCUUAUGUGGAAGAGAUAGAAGCAAGACAUUCCAAAGUUAGCAUAGACCAAAGUAAUACCAAACAUUCAGAUAUAACUCACCAAGAAAAGAUUGCUGCAUCAAAAGACCCAUUUAUAAAAGAAAUUAUAAAGAAUAGUCCUGAUGAUGACAUCAAAUACACGGACGACGCACAUGUUGAAAUCACAGUAACGUCGAAAACAGAAAAUCAACAAAUAGUAUCUGAUGUAAAAAAAGAAAACAGUUAUUCCUCCAAAGGUAAAGUAGUUUCAAAUACAAUGUCUUCGUCUGGCUAUAAUUCAUUGUGUGAAGAAAUAUCAGUGUUCGAUGAAGAAGCAUCAUAUGUGACAGUCACUGAUAUUGAUUACAAAUCGCAGGUGAAGAGGAGUUCAAUUGAUAGUGGAAACACUAAGACCAGUCCUGAUAACUGUCAGAAUGAUGUAACUGUUGAUCUGCCUGCUUCAGAUAACAAGUUAUCAGUGAGUAGAGAUAGCUGUUUGAAUAUACCACAGUGUAAAAUGCAAGAAGAUAAGCCACAUGAUUCUAACGGAGGUGGUAACAGUACAAAUGUGACAAAUAAUAGCACUUUUAUUCCAGAAGUUGGUAAUUCUAGAUUGUUUAGUAAUCUUCCUGCAACAGAUUCUUUAGAAAAUUUGACUUUACAAAUAGAGUUGAAAACAAGCAGCUUAAGAAAUAAUUCAAAUACAGGUGUCAUUCAUAGUGAUGUGUCUUUGAACAAACAGAAUACUAAUAGUGGUUCAACGGUCAUAGGUGGUAAAAAAAGUGUAUCAAGUGAUAAUUGUUAUGUGUCACCAAUCGAAGGAACUGCAAAAGAUUCAGGAAGCAGUGUAUAUUUCAAUUUGUCCCGUAAUACAUCCAAAGAAUCAAGAUCUAGUGAAAAUGUUUGUGGAAGUCUUAAUUCAUGUGUAGAUAGUAAUAGCUUAAGAUACCAAGGGAGCUUCAAAUCUAAUACUGAACGACAGCGGUGGUUCAAAAAGAGCAGUAGUGAGAAACGUUUAAGAAACGUUGUUAGUUGUAGUGAAGAUAGUAGUAGUACAGCAUGUUUUGAUGAAUUAACUAAUACCGGUAAGACCAACACAAGUAAAGAUAAAAGUAGUACCGCUGAGGAUACUUGCCCCUCAGCAAACAUCGAAGAGGUAAAAAUUCCUAGCAAAGUUGAAGAAGCGGUACAGAAAAGUGAGUGGAAAGAGAAAGUGCAACCAAUCAGACAGUUUUAUUUUGGAAGUGACAGCCAGCUAUCACGCUUAAAAGCUUCUAGAGAAAAAACCACCUCAAGACACAGCCUUGAUUCUGUAGUGGAAUGUGAAAGCCGUGGUGAGGAGUUAGGGCAGCGAAAAUACAAACAUAAGGAGUUUGACAACCUGGGUAAUCAACAGACCAACUCAGAAAAAAGUUCCACUGACAGUCUCCUGGACAUAGAACAUGACAUAAAAAACAGAAAGAUUUCUGGUGGAACGACAUCAGACUCUCUAGUUCCAACCGAUGGAGAGGAUCUUGUAAGCACCGAGAGUGAAGCUGACUCAGUGAAACUUACAAGGAGUAAACAGGAUCUUAAAAAUAAUGGAAAUAACUCUAGAAAAAUACCUCUCACACGGCGGAGAAAGGUAUUCACAGCCAAGUCUAGAGUUGAACUACCUCAAGAUCCUUUGUCUCCACCACUGAACCAGGAGCCAACAAGAACUCUCGGAGAGGGCUGGAACGAAUACAAUACUGAAGAUGGAAGGAAAUAUUUCUAUAAUGUCAAGACCAAAGAAAAACGAUGGAAACCACCUCGCCGUAACUAUGCAAAUAUAGAAACAAAGAUUGAAGAUGAUACAACUCCAAGUGCUGUGGACACAGAUGACAUGUUUGUUGUCAAUCUACCCUUGCCCAGUGGUUGGAGGUCAGACAUAGAUGCAGUCAGUGGCCAGACUUGCUACAUCAACAUUGCCUCAAAUGCCAAGUGGUUUUCCUCAACUGAUAGUGAAGGCAGAGUGUACUUCUUUGAAGAAAACAGCAACAAAUCUUCCUGGACUCUUCCAGAGAGUCAGAACGACAACAGUGAUGUCAAUGUAUCCCAUGAAGAUGAAAAUAGUUCUCUGUCCAAUACUGCUGCAAUUGAGAAAAGCCUCAAUAGAAAUGUAAAGUCCAAAUCUAUGAUUUUAUCCACCAGGUAUGAAGAGCCACCUUCUCUUACUAGUUCUACCCACAACUGGCCUCAAUUAUGGGAAGGGACUAUGUGCGUUCUCAAGGAGGGGCCAUUGAACAAAACCAAAAUAACAGAAAAUGGUAAGAGAGUGAGGAAGAAUUGGACAUCGACUCAUGCCGUUUUAACAGAAUUACUAUUGCUGUUCUUCAAGGACAACAAAGGAUUCCCCUCCAUGAUGAGUGGCAACGGGCGGCCUGAGCUGAGUGUGGACCUGAAUGGUGCUGUGGUGGACACAGGGGACAAGGUAUCCAGCCGUAAGAAUGUCUACAUGCUGAGUACAGUGCUGGGUCUUCAGGUGCUGAUACAGUGUGACUGUGCGGCUAGUGCUGAGCAGUGGCUAGCAGCCAUACAAGGGGCCAUUGACAACUUACCCUCAAGCACUGAAGCCAAGGGUCUCAGAGCUAAAACUGAAAGCCCUUCUGAAGACAGCAAGCUUGGUGCUCGUAUCAAUCGUUCCAAAUCUAUAAAAUUAAAACAAAGAAGUGCAAGUAUAGAGGAUUUAUCAAUCAACAUGGCUGAGCGCCAAACCAAGAUUAAGGAGAGGUUAAAAAAGUUUUUUAUUAGAAGACCAACAGUAGAUUUGCUGGUCAAGAAAGGAAUAUGGAAAGACGAACCAGUGUUUGGCUGCCUGCUGGAACAUGCCUGCCCCACCGAGCCUCCAAGAGUGCCUUUGUUUGUCCAGCACUGCAUACGCUGCAUUGAGCACACAGAAGAAAACAUGAAAACAGACGGGUUGUACAGGGCAUCUGGCAAUCUGUCUCAAGUGCAGAAAAUUAGAUUACAGGUGGACCAGAAUGUGUACUCGCUGUUAGAGCAGGAGGAGGAUGUCCAUGUCUUGGCUGGCACGCUCAAGUUAUUCUUCCGAGAACUCAAACAGCCUCUCAUCCCUUUUAAGUUCUUCAACAAGGCAAUCAAAGCAAGCACCAACCCCAAUCGCUCUGAAAAAAUCAAGGAUUUUCGAGACAUUGUGAAGUCUCUGCCGUCUUGUAACCACGAUACCUUAAAGCUCCUGUUACAGCAUUUGUUAAGGGUGACACAGUAUCACGAGUUCAAUAGAAUGCAUAUUCCGAACAUUGCUAUCGUGUUUGGACCCACUCUCAUGUGGCCAGAGCAGGAGUCUCUCGACAUGGCCUUCGACCUCAUGCAGCAGAACCUGGUCAUAGAGUGCUUUCUCUCCGACUUCCAAUCCAUAUUUUAGUCAUGAAACACAUUAAACAGUGGUAAUCUGCCGUGAGAUGUUUCAAAGAAGAAUUUAAACUAUUUACUCUGUGCAAGUUAAAAUAAAAUAUCAAUAUUGUUAAUCCGAGAAACUACCUAUAAAGUGUUAGAAGUAUUCUAUAGCCAGGAAUUUCUUCAUUUCAUUCAAACCACUUGCUUCCUUUCAGACAAACAAACAAGAGUAUAAAAGAUGGUGUAUUUUAUUGUUACUACCUAGUUUGUAUAUUAUUCUAGUAAGACUUUAUUUUAUUAUGAGAGUUUGUAAUAAGGUCUUUUGUAUAUAAGUAAGAAUAGAACUAUUUCUAGGUGAAUAUUGAUUUUUGAGAAUUUAUUUUCGGAUCUGCAGGCAAAGCCAAACUCAUAUAUUUAAGUGUGUACAGUUGUUUGUCUGAUAAAUGUACUAUACAAAUUCUAGCUUGUAGACCAAUAUCUGAUAAUUGACAUUCCAAUCUUAGUUUGUUUUUUUUCUAUUUUUCAGAUGAUAAUAAUGUAUAAAAGCAGAUUUUAAAAUGUUGUGUACAGUAUAUAGUUAAAUUGAGAUAUUCGACGAUUAUUAGUGGAACAUCAAUCAAAACAAUAUUCUAAAGUUGAUUAAAUAAUUUAUUGUGAAUACAAAUCACUUACACAGUAUGUGAUACCAUAAUCCAUAGAAUAUGAUGAAUGGUCAUAUUGUUAUUAAUGUAAUUUUUAACAUUAAAUCAAGAAUUUACAGAACAAAUUCUCAAUUCUCUAGUCUGUACCUGUAACUUCAUCUCUAGCGGUGUUAUAAUAUCUGAGCCUGUAGUAUUAUGACAGUUUUGUGUAAUUUUCCAUUUUUACAAUUAUUAAAAUACGUUUUAAGUAGAUUUAUGCUUUCCAAGUAUUAUUUGACGAUACACAACCAUUAAAGAAAAACAUUGUUGCUAAAAUGGUAUUAAUUUAACUUAAAAAUAAUGCUGGCUUAGCCCCUGUAACUUGUCCAGUGAUUCAUUUUAAAUCAUAGAUUUGAAGGAACUAAAUCACUACAGGUACAUAUUUAUCGAAUGUUUAAAGUAAGUUAUUCUUGUAAUUAUGUACUACAUGUAUACAGUUAUUAUGUAUACAGUUUUAAUUAACUAUAGAUCUUCAGGUGAUUAUGAAUUAUUAUUAGAGUGAUCAUGUUCUGUUAAUGUUUUCUCAUGAGUUUAGAAUUAUGUAAUGUUGCUCAAUAAAAUCUCUAAAGUUUCAUUUUUUCAGUUUAGAUUCUGCACUUAAUUGUAGUUCAUUUAUUAAAUAAAUUCAAACAAAACAUU